AUGGACGACAUCACGGCCCCUAACCCCAAGACGACAAUGGAUGCCGAGCCCCCAGCUGCGCCAGCCAUUCCAGUGGAGCUAGCAGAGCAACGCCCCAACGAUCAAGUUAUCGAGCCCCUCGACGUGCUCGAAGCCCCUGAAAUCCGCACGAAGCUGCGCAUCUAUUCCAUCUUAAUCUCACUCUAUCUCGUCCUCUUCGUAGCAGCCCUAGACCAAACCAUCGUCGCAACAUCCAUCCCCACAAUCUCCUCCUCCCUGCGCUCCGCCUCCGGCUACAUCUGGAUCGGCGGCGCGUACCUUCUCGCCAACGCCGCCGCGGGGCCCAUCUGGGCCAAAUGCAGCGACAUAUGGGGCCGCAAACCCGCGCUCCUAAGCGCCGUCGCCUUGUUCGCCGGCGCCAGCGUAAUCGCGGCGCUCAGCUCCUCCAUGGCGAUGCUGAUCGCCGCGCGCGCGCUGCAGGGCGCCGCCGGCGGCGCCCUCAUGCAGCUCGUGACCAUCACGAUUUCCGACUUGUUCAGCGCGCGCCGCCGCGCGCUGUACUUCGGGCUGCUGGGGUUGGUAUGGGCCGUCGCCGCGGCGGCGGGGCCGCUGGUCGGCGGCGCGCUGACACAGCUCGCGAGCUGGCGAUGGUGUUUCUGGAUUAACCUACCCGUGUGCGCGCUCGCGUUCGUGCUGUUGCUGUUUCUCUUGGACGUGCAUAAUCCGCGCACGAAGCUGCGCGAGGGCGUGGGGGCUAUCGAUUGGUUCGGCACGCUGGCUAUUCUCGCCGUCACUAUUUUGCUGCUUCUCGGGCUGGAUUUCGGUGGGGCGAUAUUUCCCUGGAAUAGUCCGAAGGUUGUUUGCUUGAUCGUGUUCGGGGCGGCGAUGAUUGGUUUCUUCGUGUUUAGUGAGAAACGCCUUGCUAAGUACCCCUUGAUGCCGUUGAGCAUAUUCAAGAAUUGGUCCAACAACGCGACUUUUAUUCUCGCUUUCAUGCAUAGUAUGGUUUCUAUCGGUGUGGAAUACUACCUGCCGCUAUAUUUUCAAAGCGUAAAGCAAGCUUCGCCUUUCCACAGUGGUCUCCUGAUUAUACCUAUGAUGAUAACUGAAGCAGCUGUGGACAUUUCGGCGGGUAUAUUGAUUCAUCGAACAGGUCGCUACAGGGAAAUCAUCUGGGCCGGAGUAACGCUUAUGACAUUAGGCACAGGCCUGUAUAUCACAUUUGGCACCAACACAUCCACUGCCAAAAUCAUCGGGCUCGAAAUCAUCGGUGGUCUCGGCCCUGCGCUUCUCUUCCAAGCUCCCAUGCUGGCCGUCCAAAACACUGUCAAGCAGGCCGAUACAGCGGCAGCCACUGCAGCCUUGGGAUUUACCCGCAACCUAGCAACAGCGCUAUCCAUCGUGCUCGGCGGAGUCGUGUUCCAGAAUAGCAUGUCUUCCCGUCAGUCAUCUCUCGCAGCCGCCGGUCUUAGCGGGUCUGUUCUCAGCGCCUUGUCGGGCGACCGAGCAGCUGCGAACGUGGAGAUCGUCAAGACUAUCCAGGAUGCUUCUCAGCGCUUAGCUGUUCAAGAUGCCUUCGCGUGGAGCAUCAGGAAUAUGUUCAUCAUGUACACAGGCGUGGCCGGUGUGGCGAUGGUGGCGAGCGCUUUUAUCAAGCAUCAGCGUCUGAGCACUGAACACGCGGAGACGAAGACGGGAAUCCAAGAGCUGACGCAACGAGAGACUUGA